CGAAACAACACCGCAGAGACAAGCACAGACGGAGAAUUUCUCAUUGAAUAACAUUUCAAAACCCUUUCAUGGAAUAAUGUGUGCCUAAAUUUCGCUGAUAAUCGCGGAUUAGCUAACAUAGAAAACUAAAAUCGGAUUUCAAACAAACGAUUUUCUUAAAAUCCGCGGAUUAUUUUCAUAAAAAGCAAAAGGGAACUUUUGUAUUGUUGCGGCGAUUUAUAAUCGUUUCGCCGCUUUCCACUAGGAGUGUGAGCGUUCUGCGAUAGUUGUCGGCAGUAGAAAGUAUCACGAUGGCGGCUGGGAUGGACGCGCCGCCCAAACUCGCUUGGAUUUUAUCAUUUUUAUGCGGAUUAUUUACAAUAAUUUACGGAAAUGAAGUGGUACUGCUGGACACAACGAAAGAGGAGAGCCUCGACUGGCAGACGUACCCACAGAAUAAAGGGUGGAAAGAGGCUAGUUACAACAUGGCCACCGAUAUGGUUAAAGUCUACGCCGUCUGUGACGUAUCAAAACAAAAUGUCAACAACUGGUUACGCACACCCUACAUUCCUGGUGGUGUUGCACAGAGACUGUACAUUGAGAUGAAAUUCACCAUGCGUGAGUGCACGCGGUACCCAAGCCCGGACAAUCUCCAACAGUGCAAAGAAACGUUUCAUUUAAUGUACUACGAAGCAGAAUCGGACUUCGCAAAUGAAAUGAUGCCGACCUGGGACACAAGGACAUACAGGCACAUCGACGCUGUGGCGGCAGAUUAUAAAUUCUCCGACACAAAUGACGCAAAAAUAAACACAGAAACGCGUAGUAUAAUGUUGUCGCGGAUGCGCAAGGGAGUAUAUUUCGCAUUCCAAGACACUGGAGCCUGCACGUCCUUGAUCGCAGUUCGAAUCUACUACAUCUUCUGCCCAGAGAUUACGAUCAAUUUCGCUACGUUUCCUGACACACCGACUGGACCUGAGCCAGCUUCAAUUGAACAGACAUCGGGGCAAUGUGUCGCUAAUGGCGCCAUGUUUACGCAGCCCUCGUACCUAUGCAAGGCCGAUGGCACGUGGUAUUUGAAUUCUGGCCGAUGUCAGUGCAUGGCCGGCUACCAACCAGAGACACCCCAGAGUGACCGCGCAUGUAUUGAUUGUCCAAUCAACACGUACAAGUGGAAUGUCGGUAGUGAUGAGUGCCGCCCGUGUCCCGACAAGUCUUAUACGGACAAGAAACACUCGGUCGAGUGUAAGUGUAUCAAGGGCUACUACAGAAGCAGGACCGACCCGCCAUCCAGGGCCUGUGCUCGACCUCCAACAUCACCGAGGAACUUGACAAUCAUGUAUUCAGACGAGAGGAAAGCAAUGCUGAGAUGGCUGCCCCCUCUCAGCGACGGAGGCCGCAAUGAUCUCUUCUACCACGUCCAUUGUUGGGAGUGUGAUGGUGCAGAGAAAUAUUCCCCAACAAACUCCGGGUUCAAUCAGACGAGUGUGACGAUCGAAGGUCUGGACCCAAGUACGAGCUACACGUUUGCGAUUUAUGCCAGGAAUGGAAUAUCGGCUGAAAGCGGCUCGGAUAUGGACCAUUUCGUUAUGACGAAGAUUACUACUGAUGCAGCAGUUCCAUCGAAAGUUGAAGGUGUGGAAGUCCUCGAUAAAGGCCUCAGUCACAUCACAUUAGCCUGGCGCAAACCGAAUGAUAAAUUCAACGUCGAUCAGUACGAAGUCAAGUAUUUCCCGGCGGACAGGGCAUCAAAUGCCUCGAGCAUUCAAACAGAAGAUGUCCAAUAUCAGUUCCAGGGUCUGCGGGAAAAGACACGCUUCGGAUUCCAAGUCCGCGGGAAAACCAUCAAAGGCUGGGGGUUAUACAGCGAUACACUUUUCACAACGACGGAGAACGCUGGUGGUGACGACUCAAAGGUCACAAAGGUCAACCCAGUACAGGAUGCAAGCCCAAUCGGAAUCAUUGCCGGAUCAAUUGUAGCAGUGUUCGUGUGUUUGGCGAUUGUGAUCAUUAUGGUGGUCAUUCUACUUCGCAAAAAUAACCGUGCUUGCAACGAGAAGAAUCCCGCAGAUUGUGAAACACUCCAAUACAGCAAUGUACACUGCCAUGGCGUCGAUCCGAACCUGCAUUUAACUGGGGGGUUGACAGUACCCCUCUUCACCCACCCUGGUUCUGUGCGGACGUACAUCGACCCCCACACUUACGAAGAUCCCAACCAAGCUGUACGCGAAUUCACAAAGGAAAUCGACGCAUCCCACAUCACGAUCGAAUCAGUCAUCGGCGGUGGUGAAUUUGGUGACGUGUGCAAAGGCAUGUUACGCAUCCCAGGAAAGUUGGAAAUGUCCGUCGCAAUCAAAACGUUGAAGCCCGGUGCGUCAGAGAAAAAUCGUCUCGAUUUCUUGACGGAGGCAAGCAUCAUGGGACAGUUUGAGGACGCCAAUGUGAUAUACCUGGAGGGCGUGGUCACUAAGAGUAAGCAGCUUUCUAGUAACCCUAUCAUGAUCGUGACGGAGUACAUGGAGAACGGCUCCCUGGAUACCUUCCUCAGGAACAACGAUGGCCAGUUCACCGUCAUGCAACUGACUGGUAUGCUUCGUGGCAUCGCUGCCGGAAUGAAAUAUCUAUCUGAGAUGGGAUAUGUUCAUAGAGAUCUUGCUGCACGUAACAUCCUCGUCAACGAAAACCUAGUAUGCAAAGUAGCGGACUUUGGUCUCUCGCGGGAGAUCGAGAGCGACACGACCGAUGGUGCUUACACAACCAAGGGUGGAAAGAUCCCAGUACGAUGGACAGCACCAGAAGCCAUCGCCUACAGGAAGUUCACGUCUGCCUCUGACGUCUGGUCAUACGCUGUCGUCAUGUGGGAAGUGAUGUCAUACGGGGAGCGACCAUAUUGGAACUGGUCAAAUCAGGAUGUCAUUAAGGCCGUCGAGAAGGGCUACAGACUUCCUCCACCUAUGGAUUGUCCGGAGGCAAUUCACCAGCUGAUGCUCGACUGCUGGCAGAAAGAACGAAGUCAUCGGCCGAAGUUUGCGGCCAUUGUACGGACGUUGGACAAGCUCAUUCGUGCACCGGAGCUUCUCAGGAAAGUCGCCAAAGCAAGGCCCCACAACAUCUUUGAUCCAUCUCUUCCGGACAUGACGCGCUUCGAGACAAUCGAGGAAUGGCUGACGAGUAUCAAAAUGGAUCGUUACAUCGAUAGUUUCUUACAGUCGGGCUACAGCUCGAUGGACUUAAUCGCCAAAAUCACCAUCAAAGACUUAAUUAACAUGGGCAUCACGUUAGUCGGCCAUCAGAAAAAAAUCAUGAACUCUGUCCAAACUCUACGUGCCCAGAUAAGUGGCGGUGCUCAAGUUUCUGAAGGAUUUCUUGUAUAGGGGGCGCUGUGAAAUCAAUAAACCUACGAGUGAUUAGUUUAACCAUGAUAUCGGAGGUCAGACCUGGGGUCAAGGUCACAGAUCAAGGUCAAGGUGGAUUUUGUGACCUUGUGACUUUUCUUUGAGGUCACACUGAUGACUUAGUUGUGAGGAAAGUGCAGGGGUGCAUUGUCACCUGCUCUUAGUUGCUAUGGUUACUCCAUUCGUUGUUAUAGUGACGAUUGAUGUUACCAUGGUAACAGGAACUGCUUGCAGGGACAUCUGUGCUGAUUCUUUAAAGAUUCAAUAUUGAAAUGGGCAGAUACAGCAACUGAUUUUGCAGGAACCACAAAUUUUUGUGAAUUUCUCAUCAUGCUUGGCUAAUUUGCACACACACACACGUGCAAGAAAUGAGUCAGAAUCACAUCCAUCACAAAUAGAUUUCAUAUCAUUUCUACGAGAAUGUCGCUUUUCUGGUGAAAGAUUUUGUUGACCUUUUAGUCAAAAUGUUGAGAUAGAAACGUUUCUAUUGCAUUUUAAAGUAUUUCACAAGAUUCUUCAAAUUUUCAGAGUCACAAUUUCUUAUUUUAAUUUAGUAGAAAUAUUUGAAUCUUUGUGAUGAAUUAAAUCAGUUACUCUCAACAACUGCUCUAGUACAUCGUGUAUGUCACUAUUGGUCCCCAUUCCGCUCUAAGGGUUAACAAUGUGUUAUGUAUAAAUGUAAAUAUGUUAAUUUAUUUGCGAGGCACACAAUUGAGAAAUGUCUUUCCAGGUUUGUGUUUAAUGCCUCGUACAAGUCGCUUUAGUUUAUCCAUAAUCAAGAAAUAUUUCCAUAGUUCUGGGGAACUAGCUGAAGAACUUGAAUAAUCAACUUUCAAACAUCAGCAUUCAGAUCCGUUAAAAAGUGUCGUGAUAUCUGUUUUGCUUUCGAUUCCCUCUGAAGAUCAUGUUCAAAGUCACAGCUGUGACCUUCAGUCUUUUAUUCAAGGUCAAAUGUUCCAAUGAGAAAGAAGAUAUUUGAGGCACGUGUUCUCAGAUGGGUGGGGUUGGCACGGUAACCACAUAAACAUUCUGCUGAUUUUGUGUAUAAUCUGACAAACACUUUACGAGUGAUUAUUUUUUGUAAACCGGUACUAGUUCUGUUGAUGGAUAUUAAAUCCUAUGCAAAAGUUACGUUCAGUAUAAGAUAUUACGUAUUGUGCGUCUUUAUUGGUAUAAUCAGCCUUUUAAAAGCUUGGCCAAAACACACUGUUAAGGAUUUACAGCCCUUGAUAUUCAGACACAUUCUACCCAAGUGGAGACCUGCGUAAUGACUUCUGGAGUGUAUAUUUUAACAAUCAUUGAAAUGGCUUUUUCUGUGGCAAGUCGGCGCUGAUGAUUAUUAGCGAGUACUGGGCCACUGAUUUUUGGUUACAACGAGAUUUAUUGAUUAGUUGCUACCUGGUGGGUAAAGAAUGGAAUAGUUUUUAUAUCAAUGCCAUCGAGAGUUUUGUUUUCGAGUGAAUGCAGCUUUUCAGAUGUCAGUUUAGUUUUCAAUUGUCUGCUUCAGCCGAUAAUGUUGGUGGGUUGGGAAGUUGAAAACAUAAUCAAAACAUUGUGGUAUUCCUUGUAAAUGCCUGCACAUUUCGUAGGCAAAACAUGUAACUUUAAGACUACCUCUGUGGAUUCUGUCUAUGGUAGUAGGCUUUUAUUGACUGACUGCAAGCUGUGCUAGUUAACUUAGUGAACACUUAAGGGAUCACUCCAACUCAACUUAACCUGGAUCUGUUCUACGGGAUAUGUAGAACACUGUGUGAUUACACAGUAAAUUCAGGUUAAUUCGAAUUGAAGCUGAUGAUAGUUUCUUCUUGUAAACUGUAAAUAUAAAAUGUAGUUUUACCCCUGACGGAAAAAUUCAAAAUUUCAAGUAUUUACAAAUGUACAAAUGUAGUUCAAAGUUUUCAAAUGUACAUAUAUGCAGAGUACAUGAUGUGCAUACUACAGCCAUUUGUACAUUUCAUUAACCUUCACAAUUGUAGCAAAUACAAUUUACUAAACUGUACAAAAUCGUCAAAGAUAAUGGAUCUCCUUAUACGCUUGGAUUACGCAAAAGUCCAGACGAUCGUUUCUGAAUUUAACAGUUGCAUUUACUUGGAGUUCGUUUGGAUUUUAACUGUAAAUAAUGUAUGCGUUUUCCUGUGUUGUGUGUGGACUUGUAUAUUUCCUGUAAUGUGCUUUGUUUUCAUAACAGACCCAGCCACUUAUGCUUCUAUUGUAAAUUAUAGAAUACUGUAAAAUAUAUGUGUAACGUAAUUGUCAACGUCACAUGUUUUGGUCGGACGUUGAUAGAGAAAUGCCCAAUUAUGGAUUUAAAAGUUGAUUUCAAUUCCUGAAUUACACAAUUAGCUAUUCAUUAGCCUCAGAGAGAAACUGACCUUCAGACCAUGUUAAUAGCUUGGUACAACUGAUCAGACAGAGAUAGAGUCCUCAAAUUUUAGCUACAGUUGCAUCACGUAGUGUCAACCUUCAUUGACCUACUUUCAAAAUUGGACAUUUCUUUAUUUCAUCAUGACCUUGACCUCUGUAGCGUGUGAGGGCAAGAAACAGCUGAUAUUGUACAUAGUAUUGAGUUUUAUACUACUCGGAACGAUAAGAUGAGUAGACGAGGUUUCCAAGUAUAUGAUAAAAUUUAGAUGAACGAAUUCAUGUGUGUACAUUUAUAGACUGAAGUAUCACCAAAGAAACUGAGUCGGUUUUAACCAACAUAAUUUUUAAGACCAGGUGCAAAAUGGGCUCAGUUUCUGCUACUUGUAACAUUAUGUUGACAGCUUCAUUCUGGGACAAGUGUUUGGUUCCUGCAAUAGGUGGCCAUAGGGCAAAAUCCUAUUUUGGUACCAUAGGUAUUCCAUCUUUGGUACCCUGAGUAGUGCAUCUUUGAUGCCAUGGGUAUUGCAUCCUUGGUACUAUGGGAAUCACAUCUUCGGUACCCUAUAUAUGUGUCGCAAAGAUGCAAUACCCAGGCUAAAAAUCAGUCUAGAUGCAAUUGACACGCUUGGAUAUUUUUGUUGAUACCUAAGACUUUCAAGCUUUACUUCACAUGUUUGAUCACCAAAACUACUAUUCAGGCAUAAGUGUGUUUUUCUGGGUUCAGCUAUUCAUUUAAUUGACAAUUGCAACAAAAAUCACCUUUAUUCCUUAUUAUCUAACCAUAGGCCUACAUUCCUUUUAGUUUCUUGAAUGAACUCUUUUAGAAAAGUCCAUCCAGGUGCAAGGCUUCCAUUAAAGUUAUCUCAUUUCCCCAGUUCAAAUAGCUUUGGAAUCAACUGUGGGGUUCUAAGUUAGUUCUUUGUUAGAUAACUCUAGGGAACAAUGCUAAUAACAAGCCACCUUUAAUUGUGUUGCACUUUAAAUGCACAAGACAAUAACCUUUUGUGACUUAUCUCUAAUCCCAAAAAAAACUCCUACAACAGUACCUGUAUAUAGACCAUAUUGUGUGUAGUGCCACAAGUUUGACGUUUAUUUGCACAAUAUAACAUUGCAAAGCUUACAAGAUCUAACAAUGCAUUAAGUCAUGCGGACAUUCUCAGUCCCUACUAUGCUGAUUAAACGUGAUUACCUUUUGAAGAUUCAUUCAAAGAACAAAAUGUACGAGUGAGUUUGUUUGAAGGUGAUAUUUGUUGCAACUGUUUGACAUGUUUUUGGUUCGUACCAGAAAGAAUGGUUUUAUCAUGAGGGAGUGCAUAUUGUAUAAAAUUUUCACAUUAUUUCUGCCUUUCAUGAUAAAAUCUCAAUUCAUUCGAUCUUUGGAUAUGUAACUGUAAUAUCCUAUGUCAAAUGGGCUUUAGUUUUGUCUAAAAUAGCUGACUAUUUCAUAGUAAUGGAUGUAUUAUAAAACCCCAGCUGAAAAUUAUAACAGAAUGUAUUGCAUUAAGUUUUACAAGUUUUUGUUAAAAACAAAAAUUUAUCUAAUAAAAAUCUAUAAAUUGUA